AUGAAUCGUGUUUCUAUUGAAGAGGAUGAAGUACUCAACAUGGUGCUACAACGAGCUCUCCUGGCGCCUAAACAAGAAGGGCAAAGAAAUCAUAUAUUUCGCUCCUUAUGUUCUGUUGACAACAAUGUGUGUACACUGAUUGUGGACAGUGGUAGCUGUGAGAAUUUUGUGUCACAAAAGUUGGUUGAUUAUUUAAAACUUCUGAUAGAGAAACGUACAGAUCCUUAUAUAUUGGGUUGGGUGAAGAAAUGCCUGUCGGUGAAAGUGACAAAAGUAUGCAAGAUUCCUCUUUCUAUCGGUAAACAUUACAAACAUGAGAUUUGGUGUGAUGUAAUUGACAUGGAUGCCAGCCAUGUAUUACUGGGAAGGCCAUGGCAGUUUGAUGUUGAUGCUACCCAUAAAGGUCGUGAUAAUGUAUUUUUCUUUGAGUGGGGCUCUCGCAAAAUUGCUCUUGCUCCUAUUAAUCAAUCUGGAAAAUUAGAAAACCCACAAGUUGGGAGUUCAAAUUUUCUAGCUAUCUCCAGGAAUAGCCACGAGUUUGAAGACAUUAUUAAAGAAGUUGGGUGCAUGUAUCCAGUUGUACUUAAGGGUCUCAUGGUGACAGAUGUUGCUGCAAGCCACCUUCUUGAAGAAGUGCAGGAAAUUUUGAGAAAGUUUGAAGAUUUGAUUUCUGAAGAUUUACCGGAACAACUUCCUCCUAUGCGAGAUAUUCAACAUCAGAUUGAUUUAGUCCCUAGAGCAAGCCUUCCUAACCUACCCCAUUAUCGGAUGAAUCCGAAAGAAAAUGCAAUCUUGAAGGAGAAGAUUGAAGAGCUGCUGAAAAAGGGAUUUAUUCGUGAAAGUAUGAGUCCUUGUGCAGUUCCCGUCUUAUUAGUGCCAAAAAAGGAUAACACUUGGCAUAUGUGUGUUGAUAGUAGAGCCAUUAAUAAGAUCACCAUCAAGUAUAGGUUUCCAAUUCCACGGUUGAAGGAUAUGCUGGAUGUUCUUGAGGGUUCUAAGGUGUUUUCGAAAAUUGAUUUGCGCAGUGGUUAUCAUCAUAUUCGAAUUAAACCAGGAGAUGAAUGGAAGACGGCCUUUAAAAGCAAGGAUGGUCUGUAUGAAUGGCUGGUAAUGCCAUUCAGAUUAUCAAAUGCACCAAGUACUUUCAUGCGACUUAUGAACCAGGUUUUGCGUCCUUUUACUGGGUCAUUUGUUGUUGUGUAUUUUGAUGAUAUCUUGAUUUAUAGUAAAACCAAAGAAGAGCAUUUAUUGCACUUGAGACAAGUUCUGGAUGUUCUGGAAAAGAAUAAACUUUAUAUUAAUUUGAAGAAGUGCACAUUCCUUACAAGUAAGUUGCUGUUUUUGGGUUAUAUUGUUAGCAAAGAUGGAUUUCAUGUGGAUCAAGACAAGGUACGUGCAAUUAGAGAAUGGCCUACUCCAAAAACCGUAAGUGAGUUGCGUAGAAAGUUUCAAUGGGGUGAAGCACAAGACAGGAGUUUUGCAUUGAUUAAAGAAAAGCUUAGCACUGCACCGGUUUUAGCUCUUCCCAAUUUCGAGAAGAUAUUCGAGGUCGAAUAUGAUGCAAGCGGAUUGGGCGUGGGAGCUGUGUAGUCUCAAGAAAAAAAGCCAGUGGCAUUCUUCAGUGAAAAGUUGAGUGAAGCCCGUAAAAAGUGGAGUACUUAUGAUCAGGAAUUUUAUGCGGUCGUGCGUGCUUUGAAGCAGUGGGAGCAUUAUCUAGUGCAACAAGAAUUCAUCCUUUAUACUGAUCAUCAAGCUUUGAAGUUCAUCAACAACCAGAAGAGUGUGAGUAAAAUGCAUGUAAGAUGGGCCAUUUUCCUUCAAAAGUUUCCUUUUGUGAUUAAGCAUAAAUCUGGAUCUCUCAAUCGUGUUGCUGAUGCUUUGAGUCGGAGAGCUAACUUGUUGAUUACUUUAGCACAAGAGAUUGUGGGGUUUGAGUUUUUAAAAGAGUUAUAUGAAGCUGAUUUUGAUUUCAAAGAAGUUUAG